AUGACCGGGUUUUCGGGAAAGGGAGGCAAGGCUAAGGGGUCGGGAGGCGGGAAGGGAUCCAAAGUAAAGGGUGCUAGCAAUGAGGCGCAGGGUGGGGGGUCCGGCAAAGGCGGCAAGGCUAGUGCCGCCGCCGCCGCCGCCGAGUCCUCGGGCAAGGGCAAGGGGAGCGGCGGCAAGGGGAAAGGAGGGGGCAAGGGCGGCGCGGCGCCAGCGGAGCUGACCGCCAAGCAGGCGAAGUCGAAGCGGAAGGCCGAGCGCGCGGCGAUGGAGGCCGCUCGAAAGGGAGAAGUGGAAAGCAUGAUGAAGGUAUUUGACUCGGAUGAGGAUUGUCAAGAAGGCGAGGAUGGAGGUGUUGGCGACGACGACGACGACGUGGUGUACGAUAAGUUCGGCAACGUCAUGGACAAGGCUGACGCGGAAGAGGCCGCGCUACAGGAAUUGCGGGAGGCAGCGCGCGCGGCCAGGGCUGCCAAGGAGAAGGCUGCGAAGGAGGAUAAGGCCGCUGCGUCGGGCUCUGCUGGUGCCCAAGAGGACCAAGACGAUGGCGCCACCGACUACGGCUCCAAGCUGGACAAGCAGAUUGACGCAGCGGCGGCCAAACAAAAGGCGGGGGGACGCUUGACCAACAAGGAGAAGAAGCUUCUCAAAGAGAGAAGCCGCCAGGACGGCCGCUGAGACGGCGUCGAACCAGGGCUUGACUGCCUUCAGCCUGUCCAUGAGGCCGGGCGGC